ACACGAUAGUUGAACGUGGCACGAAUUCUCGUUCCCUAGUGCGCGUAGAUUAAUCGUUUUUAUUCACGAAAGUUAUAUUACUCGAAUUCUACUCUAUGAUGGAUCUUUGUAAUGCGUUAUAAUUGUAUACAAAAAUAUUCUAUGACUAUUGAAAACUAGUCAUGAAUUUCGGAACUGUAGAAUGUCCGUUGCGUAGGUCGAAAAUAACAUACGCCAUAGGCGCCAUUAAACGGCGCCAUCUGGAUAACAUUACAAAGAAAUUAUAUUAGCGAGAGUUUGGAAAAACUUUUGAAUAACGUUAUUACUCUUCCGUACGACGAGUAUUGUAAGGUAAAAUUUAAGAAAUUUAAAAAUCGGUGUAACAUACACCGAUCACGUUUUCAUUAUGUUUAUGUGCAGGAGUACACACUCCUUAUGAUUAUAUUUACUUAACCUCAAUUUUAAAUGAAAAAUGAAUACCUGCGAUUAUGAAAAUGUAAUUUCGUAUUUGUCGUAUGCUGAUAAUAAAGAUAUUAAAUCAUUUUUAAGAGAACAGAUUCAAAAUAUUAUCAAUUUUACAAAUAACAGUGUAGAAUUUAGAACUUUGGAAAUAUCGAUAACUACUACAGCUCUUAAGUAACGAUAAUAUAUAUUAAGUUGUUUGAACAUAUUUUUAUCAAUUUUGUAUGAAUCAAUGAGUUUGUAAUAAUGAUAUACAAUAUAUACAGUAGUUAACAUACAACAUGCAUAAACAGCAUGAUAAAACGGUCAUAAAACUUCUGCGCAUACAUAUUUAGGACAUAUAUAUGUACAAUGAAAAAAAUUUAAAUAAGUGGAUCAAAGAUGCAGCGCAUUGAAAUUAAUAACAAGGAUCAUAAUUAUAGCGAAGUAAAACCAGAUAAUUUUGAAUCUAGUGAUAGUAACAGUCAAAAUGCAUAUGACAGUGAUAUUAAACCCCUGUGUAAAUCCACUAAAGAAACAUUUGGACAAGUCAAAGACAUAAAUGAAUUAAAGAAGAUAACACCACGUGUGAAAUUAUUGACUCACGAUGCUAAUAGUUUGAAUGAGUUAACUAAAAUUUCGUUGCACAACAAAAUAUCUGCACAAAAAAAGUUAUCUAUAUUGGAGCAAACUAAACAAGAAUUGAAAAAAUAUUGUAGGACUUGUGCUGGUUUAAAGUUUCCAUUAGUUGAUAUUUUUAGUGAGAAAGGUAUUCAGAUGAGAUUAAGUCAACAGAUUAAACACUUGGAAGAAAUAAAUUCAUAUGACAGUUUAUCCACUCAAAUGUGUAUGGACUGUAUUUGUGAUUUGAAAAUGAGUUAUAAAUUUUUUAUGCAAAUUAAGAAAGCAGAAGUUAAAUUAAAGUCCAUUCAUUUUACUCUGACUGAGACAGCAACAAGAAAUCUAGAAGCAAAGAAGAUGCAAUCUGUAGAACGUAUUGAGAAACAUGUAGAGAAUAUUGUGGAAGAUAAUUUCCUCAAUCCAUCUACAAGUAAGGAACACAAUGAAGAGGUACUUGUACAAAAAGUACCUGAGGAUAUUCCAGUGAAAGAUAAUUUACACUGUAUAAAAAUAGGAAAAGUGAAUGUUGAAGAGUUAGAAAAGCCUGAAGUUGAAGUUUUUGAAGAAAUGAUAAUUGAAGAAAACAGUGAUAAUGAAUCUAUAGAAGAGUUUGAUCCGGAUGAUCCUCCUUUUCAACCUGAUAGUUCUGAUGCAGCAGAAUCUGAUGAUGAAGUAGUUGUACAAACACCAGCUGUAAAAAGACGAAAUAUUCAGAAAGAAAAUAUUCCAAGACAAUAUCCUCCGUCAAUGUUUCUUUGCGAUUAUAACUCAGCUCCAGAUAAUGAAAGUGCUGAUUGUAAUCAAACAACAUAUAAGUAUGAUUCAUCUCUAAAAGCAUACAUUAAAAUAGAAGAUACAGAAGGUAAUAAUCAUUCUUGUGAACCACAAAAUAUAAUUAGGACUGAGACCGCAUGUAAUGCUGAAAGUACAAAAGAAUCCACGAAACAACCGAACAUAUUAAAACGAAGACUUUUAUUACAAACUAGAAAAGACUUGUCUGAAGAAACAGAUGAAAAUCAGUCUGGUGUUUCUGAUAAAAAUGGUGGUCAUAAAGAUUUUAAAGUACAAAAGUUAGAUGUAAAUAAUUCUUUGAACAUUAAUAGUACCCAGGAAGAUGGAAUCAUGUAUGUUACAGUAAAGGGAUCUAAACCGAAUGAAAUAUUAUUAGUGAAAGUAAAAAAAAUGGAUAAACCGUUAGAGAAAAAAGAUGACAAAUGUUUGGGAAAAAAGCCUUUUGAAAUUAAACCGAUGGAUAAAAUUUUUAAACGGUACGAAACACUUGUUACAAAAGAAAAGGAUUUGUUUCCAGAACGGACAAAAAAGUCUGAAAUAAGAGAACAGAUCAUAGAAGAACAAAUAGAAGAAUAUAAGAAAAAACGGGAGAAGGUAUUAGGUGGGCAUGCUAGUAUUUCGCUCCCUAUAAAGACCGAAGAACCUCAAACUCGUUACUUCAAACGUAACGAAAGUCAAGAUAGCCAGAAACCUACUCCGCAUGCGGAAAACGAAUCAACUGUAAACGUACAAUUUAUUAAAGAUGAAGAUGAUUGUACUCCAAAAAUUGAAAAUGAUAUUACGGAUACUGCGGCGGAACCAGAAAAAGAAAAAUCCGUUAAUGAAAAAUCAUAUGUAAAUACCGAGGAGUAUUUAUCACGUUUAGCAAAGCUUAAACUAAAAUGGGAGGAAGCAAAGAAGAAAAAAGAAUCUUUGCAGAAAGAACUUGACGAAUCUUAUACAGAAGGAAAUAUUGAAAAAUUGGCAAGAAUUUUAGGGGAGAAAGAAAAAAAUUUACAGGAUUUUCAAGAUUAUUUAAAGCAACGUAAAAUCGUAAUUACAAGAUUAAAAGACGAAGACAUUAUUUCCCUUUAUGAGGAUAGAAAUAAUGCAGUGCUUAAAAACAAUUUGCCUGAUUUAAUAGACGAAAGUCAACCAGCAGAUUACAUUCCAGAAGAAAAUUAUCUGGAAUGUGAUUAUUGUCCAGAAACAUUUGCUUCUAAAGAUAUUCUCGAGGAGCAUUUAAAGAUGCACGAUUAUAAAAUUAUGCAUUUUUGCGAAGAUUGUAUGGAAGAAUUUCCAACAAAUAAGGCAAAACGAAAUCACAGCGUAGUUUGCAUAAAAAAGUUAUUAUGUAAAUACUGUGAAGUGAUGUUAGAUUCAAAGGGAAAGAAACGCCAGCAUGAGCAGAAACAUUGCGAUAAUAUGUAUGGACAAUUAUGCGAUGUAUGCGGUGAAAAGUUUAAACAUCAAGGAACUCUAGAUCAGCAUGUAAAAACCCAACACAUGAGCUGGGAGAAAAUAUAUCAAUGCCCAAAGUGUCCGAAAAAAUUUGCAUUCAAACAGAAGCUUAGCUUUCAUUUAAAGUCAGUACAUACAACAUUAAGGGCCUAUUUAUGCGAGGAUUGCGGAGCAGACUUUAAAAAUCCUGCGAGUCUUAGACAUCAUAGAAUACGUAAACAUCAACCGGUUGGCAAUAAAAGAGAAUGCCCAGUUUGUCAUAAAUUAGUUCCAUUUUAUAGUCUUUCUAAGCAUAUGCAUACUCAUAAAGCUUAUACCAUUCAAUGUCCACACUGUGACAAAAUGUUUAAGAAUAGUUCAACUUUGAAACAACAUGUAAGAAUUCAUGAAGAUCAACGUCAGUACCGUUGUGACACUUGUGGUGUUGGAUUCAAUAGGCGAGAUGGCUUAAGAUUGCAUAUGAGAGUACACGAGAAAACUGAUAGUAGAGGAUUAAAAGAAUGUUCAUGUCAAGUAUGUGGUGAAAAAUUUCCAAACCACUCGACACUUGUUAUACAUAGAAAUCGAGUUCACAAGGAUGGUAGACAGUAUACAUGUCACAUAUGUAACAGAUCAAUGAUCUCGACUAGAUCAUUGGAAUGGCACAUGUCUCAUAUACACAAUGAGUCUCUUCCUGGUGUUGUAAAAGAAGACACGGAUGGAGCACCGGAAAAGAAAAGAGUGUCAUGUUAUCACUGUAAUAAAACAUUUAAAACAGAAAUGAUUUUAAGAACGCAUAUUAAAAACACUCAUAUGGAGAAAGAUCCAAUGAAGUGUUUAGAUUGUGAAUUAACAUUCACUUCUGAAGUAAGAUUAAGACACCAUAUGAUGGUGACUCAUAACAGAUUAGAAGGAACAUUACCGUGUCCACAUUGUCCCAAGAGAUUUGUGAAUCAGCUCAGGUUGAAGACACAUAUGAUAUCUCAUUCUGAAGAGAGACCAUAUACGUGUGAAAUUUGUGGAUUUAACUUGAAAACGAAAAUACAAUUGAUUAAACAUCACCAGAAUAGACACAGUGAUGAAAGACCGUUGCAAUGUAGAUAUUGUCCUUGGAGAUGUAAACAAGUUAGUGCUCUUGUAUGUCAUGAAAGGACUCAUACUAAUGAACGACCAUACUCUUGUAGUGUGUGUAGGCAACGUUUUAAAUAUUUAGGUGACAAAAACAAACAUGAGAGAAGACACGAAAGUUUAGGAGGAUCUGGAUUCAAAAGAAUAGUACCUGGGAGAAAUAUUAAACCUAAAGUCCAGGAAGAUUCUUCCUGUUCUGAACACGAACAAGAAAGUUUAACUAAUGCAGAACAUCAGAUUGUCGAGGGCGAAUACGAAGAGCAAACAGAUCAACAGUACGAGGAAGAACAAAUAGUUAAGUUUGAAGAACAGGAAAUAGUAAAGUUUGAAGAACAAGAAAUAACUGAAGAAUAUGAACAAGUAUAUGAACAGGAAUAUGAAGAAACGUCUAGAGAAGCUUCGGAUGCAGCGGAAGUUAUAAUGAACAUGGAAGAUACCACUGUCUAUACUGAAGAAGUAACGGCGGACAAUAUUGAACCGGCAGAAAUAAUAACAGAUGAAAUGAUGACAAAUGAAAUAUUACAAUCAGGUGCUGUAGUUCAUUUGCAGCAAGAAGAUGAUUCAGGAAAAAUCCAAGUGAUCCCAGUUAUGCUGUCUUUACCUGAUCUGUCUGAUGCAAAUACAGAGGUCAAUUUAGCUACAGCAUCUAUUAUGUAUAAUAAUUGAAUUUAGUAUCGUAUUCUAUAUAUACGAUAUUCUUUGUAAAGAAAAAAUAAUCAACAUUAUUGUGGUUAAUUAUACACUUAAAAAACUGUUUAUUUGGGAUAAAUUGUAGGAAGUAAAUCACAUUCCCAAAUACAGCAUAUUCUAAAAAUGUAUAUUUCCCUGAAACAUAUAUAGAUUUCAAACUUUUUAGGAUAUUAACUAUACACCCAAAGGUCAAAAUAACAUUUUGCUAUUAAGGUUGCAGUUUUGUAAGAUUAUUUUACUGUAUGAAGAUACUUAGUAAAAUCACGCUAAGAUUGUAAAAAAUAAUGAUACAACAGAUUUUAUCCUC